CGCUGUCUGAUGCUAUCCCCCAUUCACUUCGCUGCGCUUCUAGGAUUGAGUCCUCUACUAUGGCCGGCGCACUCGCAAACGCAAAGAAGGAGCUCCCUAAGAUCAGCGGAGAGGAACGUGAGUCGCGCUUCGGACAGGUUUAUGGCGUCUCCGGCCCCGUCGUCAUUGCGGAGAACAUGAACGGCUCGGCCAUGUACGAGCUCGUCCGCGUUGGACAUGAUGAGCUCGUAGGAGAGGUCAUUCGGAUCGACGCGGACAAGGCUACUAUUCAGGUGUACGAGGAGACAUCCGGCGUAACGGUCGGUGAUCCCGUUUUGCGCACGGGAAAACCUCUUAGUGUCGAGCUUGGCCCUGGUCUGAUGUCUAAUAUUGUUGAUGGAAUUCAACGACCACUACGUUCUAUUCAAGAGCUCUCCAAGUCUAUCUACAUCCCGCGCGGAAUCAAUACGGAUCCGCUUGAUCGGUCUCUGCAGUGGGAUUUUGACCCUAUCAACUUCAAGGUCGGCGACCACAUCUCAGGAGGCGAUAUCUUUGGACGCGUAUACGAGAACUCGCUCGUCGAUCAGCACAAAGUCAUGCUUCACCCUCGCGCUCUCGGUACAAUUACCCAAAUCGCCGAGAAGGGUAGCUAUGCUGUUAACGACGUUGUGCUCGAGACGGAGUUCGAGGGCAAGGUCACGCAACACACCAUGAUGCAAGUCUGGCCUGUGCGUGCACCCCGACCGGUCACCGAAAAGCACAGUGCGAACUACCCGCUACUCACUGGUCAACGUAUAUUGGACGCUCUGUUCCCGUGUGUACAAGGCGGUACAACGGCCAUCCCCGGUGCAUUCGGUUGUGGCAAGACUGUCAUCUCGCAAGCAUUGUCGAAGUACUCGAAUAGCGAUAUCAUCAUCUACGUCGGAUGCGGCGAGCGAGGAAAUGAGAUGGCAGAAGUAUUGAUGGACUUCCCCCAGCUAACGAUGGAAGUUGGCGAUCGUCAAGAGCCCAUCAUGAAGCGCACUACGCUCGUUGCCAAUACAUCGAACAUGCCAGUCGCUGCCCGUGAAGCCUCCAUCUACACCGGAAUCACUCUCGCGGAGUACUUCCGUGACCAGGGCAGUAACGUGUCCAUGAUGGCAGAUUCGACAUCACGAUGGGCGGAGGCACUACGUGAGAUUUCCGGCCGUCUGGCCGAGAUGCCUGCCGACUCGGGCUAUCCGGCGUACUUGGGUACGAAGCUGGCUGGCUUCUACGAGCGUGCGGGCAAGGUGACUUGUUUGGGUAAUCCUGUUCGGCAGGGCACCGUAUCCAUCGUCGGCGCCGUUUCACCCCCUGGUGGAGAUUUCUCAGAUCCUGUCACGUCAGCGACGCUUGGUAUCGUGCAAGUGUUCUGGGGUCUUGAUAAGAAGCUCGCACAGCGGAAGCAUUUUCCAUCCGUCAACUGGAAUGUGUCAUACUCGAAGUAUACCAAAGUACUUGAGCCUUAUUACGAGCAGACUGAACCGGGCUUCGUCGAGCUGCGAACAAAGACGAAAGAGAUUCUGCAAAAAGAGGACGACCUUGCGGAAAUCGUACAGCUCGUCGGAAAGAGUGCUUUGGGAGAAGCGGAUAAGAUCAUUCUGGAAGUGGCUCGCAUGCUCAAGGACGAUUUCUUGCAGCAAAACGGCAUGAGCGAGUACGAUCGUUUUUGCCCCUUCUACAAGACAAGCGCAAUGUUGCGCAACUUCGUCGCCUUCCAUGAUGCCGCUCUGAAAGCGGUAUCACAGAGCGACAUCACGUUCGCCAGGAUCAGGGACUCGGCGGGAGAUCUUAUGUACAAGCUGUCUCAGAUGAAGUUCGAGUCACCAUCGCAAGGAAAGGAGCCUAUCAAGCAGAAGAUGGAUGCAUUAUACAAUGAAAUACAGGAACGAUUCCGCCAGCUGGUAGAGUAAGAUACCCUUUUAGCAAUCUAUGUACUUUCGCUAGCACUUCGCUUCUCUUCAUGGAUUACCGCAGUCCGCAAAGCAAUGCGUCAUACGCCCUGCACCGACCAUGGGAUGCUGAAG